GCGGGGGCGGGCGCGCUCGAGGCCGCGUGGACGUGGCUCUGGGCCGGCCCGGGCGCCCCCGCGCACCUCCCCCGCGCGGCUCCAGGUGUCCGGUGCGCGCCGCUCUCACCUGCCCGGCCCGCGGGCCCGCGGGGAGGACGCCCGGAAGCUCGGAGCCGGGCCGCGAGAUGGACUCAGUGGUCUUUGAGGAUGUGGCCGUGGACUUCACCCUGGAGGAGUGGGCUUUGCUGGAUUCUGCUCAGAGGGAACUGUACAGAGAAGUGAUGCUGGAAAACUUGAAAAACCUGGCCUCAGUGGGGAAAAUUUGGGAAGAAUUUAGCACUGAAGAUCAGCACACAAAGCAGGGGAGACAUCUGAGAAAUCAUGUGGUGGAGAAACUCUCUGAAAGUAAUGAUCAGUAUGGGGAAGGCUCCGGUCAGAUUCCAAAUCGUAAUCUGUACCAGAAAACUCAUACUGGAGUAAAAGAGUAUGGAUGUAGUGCAUAUGGAAAAGUCUUUGUGCCUCAUUCCUCCCUCAAGAGUCACGUCGCCAUGCACACUGGAUACAAGCCGUAUCAGUGUCAGGAGUGUGGGCGGGCCUAUAGUUGUCGAUCACACCUACGAAUGCACGUGAGGACCCACAACGGAGAGAGAACCUAUGAGUGUAAAUCAUGUGGAAAAACCUUUCCUCGUACGUCGUCCCUCAACCGGCAUAUAAGGAUCCAUACUGCCGAGAAGACUUACGAAUGUCAGCAGUGUGGGAAAGCCUUCAUUGAUUUUUCAAGUCUUACUAGUCAUGUGAGAACUCACACUGGAGAGAAGCCCUAUAAAUGUAAAGAAUGUGGGAAAGCCUUCAGCUAUUCCUCAACUUUUCGAAGGCACAUGAUAACACACACUGGAGAGAAGCCCUAUAAGUGUCAGGAAUGUGGGGAAGCCUUCAGCUAUUCCUCAACGUUUCGAAGACACAUGAUCUCACACACCGGGGAGACACCACAUAAAUGUAAGGAAUGUGGAGAAGCCUUUAGUUAUUCCUCAGCUUUUCGAAGGCACAUGAUAACACACACUGGAGAGAAACCCUAUGAAUGUAAACAGUGUGGGAAAACCUUCAUUUACCUGCAGUCCUUCCGGAGACACGAAAGGAUUCACACUGGAGAGAAACCCUAUGAAUGCAAACAAUGUGGGAAAACCUUCAUUUAUCCCCAGUCCUUCCGAAGACAUGAGAGGACUCACGGUGGAGAGAAACCCUACGAAUGUAGCCAGUGUGGGAAAGCAUUCAGCCAUCCCUCAUCCUUUCGAGGACACAUGAGAGUGCACACUGGAGAGAAACCUUACGAAUGCAAUCAGUGUGGAAAAACUUUCAACUGGCCCAUAUCCUUAAGAAGACAUAUGAGGACACACACGAGAGAGAAACCCUAUGAAUGCAAACAGUGUGGGAAAGCCUUCAAUUUGUCUGCUUGCUUUCGGGAACACGUGAGAAUGCAUCCUGGAGAGAAAUCGUAUCAAUGCAAGCUAUGUGGGAAAGCAUUCUAUUGCCACAUAUCCUUACAAAAACAUAUGAGAAGGCACACCGCAGAGAAACUCUACGAAUGCAAGCAAUGUGGCAAGGCUUUCAGUUGGCCUGAACUUUUGCAACAGCAUGUGAGAACACACACUGCAGAAAAACCCUAUGAGUGUAAGGAAUGUGGGAAAGUCUUCAAAUGGCCAUCGUCUUUGCCGAUACAUAUGCGAGUGCACACUGGAGAGAAACCUUAUGACUGUAAGGAGUGUGGGAGAGCCUUUAGUUGUUCCUCGUCCUUAAGAAGACAUGUACGAAUACACACCACAGAGAGACACUGCUUGGGGGAUGCGGGAAAUUCUCCUGCAAAGGAAUUCAUGCCUCAUGCAUCAGAAAAUCCACACCAGGAGAGAAAUCUUAUCAAAGCCGUAAAUAUGGUACUGCCCUUGUGAGUACCUCAUCAAAGUGGACCUUUGGGGCGUGUAUCUCCAGUUCUGUUACAGAUAGCGCUCCAAGUACUCUUUCAGCUGUCAUUUCAAAUUUUGCAGGUGGUGUUUUUUCCCUACAUUUCCAUAAAUAAACCUGCUACCUUUAUGGUUUGUUGGACUCAUGGUGAUUUGAAGUGUAUUUUUAAUAUGUAGGUAAGUUUUAAUUUCUUUGAAUUCUUGAAGGGGUUUUUGGAACAAUGGCAUUUUGGUAUUUGUUGGGAUUUUCUUACUAGCUUAGCGUGGCAGAUACUGGAUAUUACCCGUUAUAUGUUUUCUGCCUUACUGAGAAUCUAUUUAUUUUGGCCAGAGGAACGUUACUGCAUUUUCUUUACAAAUAGUUUGCAGACAUUUGUAAUUGUGCAGAGUUCUUGAAAAGCAUAGUCUUGUGUGAAUUGUCAUUUUCAACCCUUUCCCUUUGCUCUUUGUCCUUGCUUGUGACUGGAAAUUGGACAGUAGGCUUUUACUGAAAAGCUACUUUGUGACCAUGAGCUAUAGGAUACAGAGUUUGAGGUGGUUCCUCUACAUUGUGUUGUCAAUGUGGGUAAUGUUGGGAACUACAUUUCCCAUCCCUUUAUGAUCAUGUCAAAUUUACCAGUAGCCUAACUUCGCAUGAGAUUUGGAAGGCAGAAAUGAAGAAGCCAUUUCUGUGUUUGGACACGUUAAAGUGUGAGUGAUGCAAAGGGGCUUUUGGACAUCAGCCCGUUUUCCUGAUCUUGGCCCUGCCAAUCAAGGGUAUCAUGAAAAAAAAAAUGCCACGUGCUCGAUUCCCAUUUUCCUCAGAGUUUUGUAGGCUUCCAUGAAUAUCUCCAUGAGCUAUGUAUCAAGGAUCCACUUGUGUGGUCUUGCACUCACAAUUUGGAUAUUCCUACCAACUCUGAUGUGUUCUCUAGACCACUCAUUCAGACUCACGUUCAGUGAUCUUUGAUGCUGUGAUUCCCCUCUUCUCUAGAUUUUCACAUAUGUGUAUAAGGUCUAAUUUGUCUAGUGAACACCUUAUUUUCAAUACUUCUAGUGACUCUGUGAUCCGGAUUCUGCCACAAAAGCUACUACAAAGCCAAACAACACGUGGGACUUUGUUGACCUAUUGCAUUUUAAAGUGUGCUCAUUCAGUCCUGUGUGACAGAAAGCACCUUCAUGUAUUAGAUUUUGGGAGAGCUCAAUGUUGUUACUUGAUAUGGGCUUCACUGUUACAUUUAUGUGUGUCAUUAAAAACAGUAUAUAUUUUGUCUUUGAGAACAAUCUUUUGUAGAUAUUUCUUAGAAAUACACUAUUCACUGUGUUUUCACAUCACUUGUAUAUUUACUGUAUUACUUUCCUAAGGAUUGCUGUAACAAAGGACCACAACUGAGUGGCUUAAGGCAACAGAAAUUUUGGUCUGACAAUUCUGAAGGUAGAAGUCCAAAAUCAAAGUAUUGGCCAGCCCCUGCUUCCUCUGAAGGUGCUAGGGAAGGAUCUGUUCCAGCCCUCUUCUAGCUUCUGGUAGUUCAUUGGCUUGAGGCAAUGUAACUAAUCUUCCCACUGCAUUCUGCAUGCAUGUGUGUUUAUCUCUUCGUGUGGCAUUCUUUUUAUAAGGACCACACAUAGCAAGUUAGGGCUCACCCUAUCCCAGUAUCUCCGCCUCUAAUUAUAUCUGUGACAACACUAUUUCUAAAUAAGGUCACAUUCUAAGGUACUGGGGCUAGGACUUCAACAUACAAAUUUUGGUGGACAAUUCAGCCCAUAACACUACCAAAUGGUACUCUCUUUGUCAUGUACUGAGAGAAUAGAUUAAAAUAUUCCAUUGCAAUUAUGGAUUCCAAAUCAACUGUGAUUUUGUUAAGCAUUAUACAUUCCAAGACAGUAUUUCCAGGUGCAUACAACUUAAGGUAUUUUGUCAUGUAAAUUUUAUUUUUAUUGUUACAUACACAUUUGUUAUUAAACGAAUUUCGUAAUCCUUGUUAAUAAAACCUCAAAUAAUUGUUUUGUCAAAGCUUUCUAAACAAACCACUGGGAUUUUGUCAAAGCUUUCUAAACAAACCACUGGGAACACACUUGUCAAUGAAAAUUGGGUGCCAUGAAUUCAAGCAAUUUGAGGGAACACGUGAAGGACAGUGGGAUAUAUCAGGCAGAGGGUGUUUGGAAGGCUGUAUUUUCAGAUUUGGGUUUGUGUUUGGUGAUUGUAGAAGGCAGAAAUAGGGCGCCUGGGUGGCUCAGAUGGUUAAGCAUCUGCCUUCGGCUCAGGUCAUGAUCCCAGGGUCCUGGGAUCGAGUCCCGCAUCAGGCUCCCUGCUAGGUGAGGAGCCUGCUUCUCCCUCUGCCUCUGCCUCUCUCUCUCUCUCUCUCUCUCUGACUCUCAUGAAUUAAAAAAAAAAAAAAGCAGAAAUAAUUGAAUUUAGCCAACUAAAACAAAUUGGUAAAGCUGCAGUCAUUAUUGAGAAGAGGGGGUUUUUAAAAAGAUUUUAUUUAUUUGAGAGAGAGUACGGGUUGGCAUAGGGGGAGAGGAACGAGCAGACUCCACGCUGAGUGCAGAGCCCAAGGCGGGGCUUGAUCCCACAACCCCCGAGAUCAUGACCUGAGCCGAAUCCAAGAGUUGGACAUUCAACCAACUGAGCCACCCAGGCAGCCUGAGAAGAGGGGAAUUAAAAAAAAAUUUUUUUAAUUUAAAUUCCAUUUAGUUAACAUACAGUGUAUUAUUAGUUUCAGGGGUAGAAUUUAGUGAUUCAUCAGUUGAAUAUAACACCUGGUACUCAUUACAUCAAGUGCCCUCCUUAAUGCCCAUCACCCAAUACCCCAUCCCUCCUGAAGAGGGGAAUUAUUUGAAAAGUUUUUAUUUUAAUUCUGGUAGUUUACAUACAGUGUUAUGUUAGUUUCAGGUGUACAGUGUGGUGAUUCAGCACUUCCAUAUAUCACCCUGUGCUCAUCACAAGUGCACUUCUUUAUCCCAUCACCUAUUUAACUCAUCCCCCCCAUCCCUUCCCCUCUGGUAACCAGCAGUUUUCCAUAAUUAAGAGUGUGUUUCUUGAUUUCUCUCUCUUUUUCCCCUUUUGCUAGUUUUGUUUCCUAAAUUCCACCUAUGAGUGAAACCCUAUGGUAUUUAUCUUUCUCUGACUAACUUAUUUCACUUAGCAUAAUACUCUCUAGCUCCAUCCUUGUUGCAAAUGGCAAGAUUUCAUUCUUUUUUAUGGCUGAAUAACCCAUUGUGCAUGUGUGUAUGUAUAUAUAUAUAUACAUACACACACAUACAUACCCUAUCUUCUUUUUCCAUUCAUCAAUCAGUAGAUACUUAGGCUGUUUCCGUAUCUUGGCUAUUGUAAAUAACGCUGCUAUAAACAUAGGGGUGCCUGUAUCCCUUUGAAUUAGUAUUUUUGUAUUCUUCGGGUAAAUAUCCAGUAAUGCGAUUGCUGGUUCAUAAGGUAAUGCUGUUUUUAACUUUUUGAGGACUCUCCAUACUCUUUUCCACAGUGGCUGCCCAGUUUGCAUUCCCACCCCCAGUGCAGGAGUGUUCCUUUUUCUCCACAUCCUCACCAACACUGUUGUUCUUUGUGUUUUUGAUUUUAGCCAUUCUGACAGGUGUGAAGUGAUAUCUCAUUGUAGUUUUUGAUUUGCAUUCCCCUAAUGAUAAGUGAUGAACAUCUUUUCAUAUCUGUUGCCCAUCUGUAUGUCUUCUUUGGAGAAAUGUCUGUUCAUGUUUUCUGCCCAUUUUUAAGUUGGAUUAUUUGUUUUUGACUGUUGAGUUUUAUAUGUUCUUUAUAUAUUUUAGAUACUAAUUCUUUAUGGGAUAUGUCAUUUACAAAUAUCUUCUGUCAUUCCUUAGGUUGCCUUUUAGUUUUGUUGAUUGUUUUCUUCACUGUGCAGAAGGUUUUAAUUUUGAUGUAGCCCCAAUAGUUUGUUUUUGUUUCCCUUGCCUCCAGAGACAUAUCUAGAAAGAUGUUGCUAGGGUGAAUGUCAAAGAGGUUACUGCCUGUGUUCUUCUAGGGUUUUUAUGGUUUCAGGUCUCACAUUUAGGUCUUUAAUCCAUUUUGAAUUUAUAUGUAUACAGUGAAAGUAAGUGGUCCAGUUUUCCCAAUACCAUUUAUUGAAGAGACCAUCUUUUUCUCAUUGGAUAUUCUUUCCUGCUUUGUCGAAGAUUAGUUGACCAUAUAGCUAUGAAUCCAUUUUUGGGCUUUCUAUUUUGUUCCAUUGAUCUAUGUGUCCUUUGUGCCAGUACCAUACUGUUUUGACUACUACAGCUUUGUAAUAUAACUUGAAGUCUGGAAUUGUGAUGCCUCCAGCUUUGCUUCUCUUUUUCAAGAUUGCUUUCGCUAUUCAGGGUCUUUUGCAGUUCCAUACAAAUUUUAGGAUUGUUUGUCCUAGUUCUGUGUAAAAUGUUGGUGGCAUUUUGAUAAGGAUUGCAUUAAAUGUGUAGAUUACUUUGGGUAAUACAGACAUUUAACAAUUAUUCCAGUCCAUGAGCAUGGUCUUUCCAUUUCUUUGUCAUCUUCAAUUUCUUUCAUCAGCAUUUUAUAGUUUUCAGAGUACAGGUCUUUCACCUCUUUGAUUAGGUUUAUUCCUCAGUAACUUGUUAUUUUCUGGUGCAAUUGUAAAUGGGAUUGUAUUCUUAUUUCUCUUUCUGCUUCUUCAUUAAUGGUGUAUGAAAUGCAACAGAUUUCUGUAGAUUGAUUUUAAGUCCUGUAACUUUACUGAAUUUUUUUAAAUCACUUCUCGCAGUUCUUUGGUGGAGUCUUUUGGGUUUUCUAUAUAUAGUAUGUCAUCUGCAAAUAGUGAAAGUCUUACUUUGAGAAGAGUGGAAUGUUUAAUGUGAUUUGAUAAUCAUUUGUAUCUCAUUUUACCCUCCCACCCCAUUAGUCCCUCCUCUCACACAGAUGAAGACAGUUAAACACAGGGAGCGCAGAGUUGCCCAAACUCAUGUAGGUCUUAAAAAUCGAAAGCCAGGUUUAAAGGUUAUCUGUGCUUAGUCUUUGCUGGGAAUUGUCACAAGUUUAGAACACUGGAAGGCAGGUGUAAUUGCUGAGUUUUAGAAAUAUGGCAUCAAAUUUUAUAAAUUUUUAUAAAUUUUAUAAAUUUUAUAAAUUUUAUAAAAAAAAAACUCCUAAAGCUAUACAGGCAUUCCUCUUAUAAGACAUGGAAAAGACAGCUAUAGGGAGCUAAGAUCACUGGCUAGGAAUGGGGGAUUUGAGAAUAAGUGGGUACCUAUGUCCUAUGUUUUGUUUGUUUGUUUGUUUUGAGAGUGAUGGUGUAUUCUUUAUUUUGACUGUUGGUAUAACUGAAUUUAUGAGAACUCAGAACUACACUUAAAGGGUGCCUGGGUGGCUCAGUCAUUAAGCAUCUACCUUCGGCUUGGGUCGUGAUCUCAGGGUCCUGGGAUCGAGCCCUGCAUCAGGCUCCCUGCUCUGCAGGAAGCCUGCUUCUCCCUCUCCCAGUCCCCCUGUGUGUUCCUUCUCUCGCUGUGUCUGUCAAAUAAAUAAAUAAAAUCUUAAAAAAAAAGAACUACACUUAAAAUAGUUUUACUGCAUGUAUAUUAAAAAUAAUUUUAAAAAACAACAAAAACUUUAUUUGCUAAGAGAAAAUUUAAACCACUGAGCCUUGAUCUGCACACCUCCUUCCCCCCGAACUAUUUUGGAAUCAUUCUUAAGAAGUGAAGGACUGGGUAAGGACUUGGGCUAAGAUACCUUUUUUUUUGGAACUCAGACUGAAGUUAGGAAACACCCACAAUGGUCACAUCUGCCCUUAUUUUACCCUCAGAAGUGGAGAGAAGUGCAAGUGCUCCUGGAAGCUGUGUUUAUACCAGAUUCCUCCAGUCAGAUUUUUGAGAAUGCUGUGGUCUGCAACAGAAAGGUGGGUGUCAUUGGGCCUCCGCACUUCUGUUGGGACGUCAUGGCAGCCCCACCGGGCUGAGAGACCAGCAGAACCCAUGUCACAAGGACAAGUGCCCCACAGCCACGGCAGCCCCCACUCCCGCAGGAGCAUCUGCUCAGCGCUCCCCAAGUCAGUUGCGUUUACUUUCAGUAAAUGGAGUCACAGACAGACGUUUUUGUCAAGGCCCCCAGGUAGGUGCAUGCUCACUCACACCUGCUGCCCCUCACUCACCCGCCCAGUGUUCUGGAAUCUUCUGGCCUGAGGAUUUAGGCUGCAUGGGCACUGAGAGCACUGCAACUCCUCACCUCAGUUCCCGCCUCCCCACCACCCAUCUCGGACCCCAGCGCCACCUCUCCAAAGCACAUGCGCAUUUCUCCUAAUGCCUGCACCCGGGCUCUGCAGGGUCUCAGUCCCGGUUGCUUGUGGGAAAUGGAGAUCUCCGGAAGAGACUCCGCAGAUGCCCAGAGCCCCACCCUUCAGACUCCUCCCAGCAUGCAGCGCACCACAUUGAGAACUGCGCCUCAGAGACACCUGGGAUUGCCGCCUAUGGGGAAGUACAGAAGUACGCAGGCGCAUGUGGGUGGGGCGGACACGCGGAAAACGCUGCCCAUGAGAAGAGGGAGGUGGAGUCCUCACCACUCAGGCUUCGGAGUGUGGUACCCCCUCGAUUCUGCAGGGGUGCCUCUAUGGCUGGGAGAUGUGUGGGACGAGCUCCUGAGACCCCCAAGGCACCCACUGUCAGUGUCUUUGGGAGGUUGUUGGGGCCACCCAAUGUGGAUGGAGCAGGGUGUGGGGACACAUGAAACCAGCAUAUGGAAGGGCUGCUGGGAGGACUGCAGUGCGGGACAGGGUGGCUGCCAAUCUACAAGAUCGACACCUUCGCUGCCCUCCCUGAGCUUCCAUUUGGAAAGCAGUGACAAAAGGCCAAAGGAGUGAUGAAUGUGCUUCUCAAGAAUCCUAAAGCAGCAG